AUGUCAACACCUAACCAAUAUUCUAAGACCAAUGCUACCAAACCUAAUCCGUCUUCGACAUCAACCACGAUGAGAGAUAACGGCAGUACGGAAGGAAGAUCAACCGCCAGCGAUCAUCAUCAAGGCAGUAAUAAUAACAAUAGUAUCACAGCAUCAGCUCCAGUAACAUCCAAUUCAACGUCAUCACGAUUUACAUCAAGUAAAAUGCGUAGUGAUCCUAAUGAGCCGCAUAUUGGCAAAUAUCGAUUUAGCAAAACGAUUGGUAAAGGAAAUUUUGCCAAAGUUAAAUUAGCUAAACAUAUUCCAACUGGGCGAGAAGUUGCGAUUAAAAUUAUCGAUAAAGCUCAACUGAAUCCCACAUCAUUACAAAAAUUAUUUCGUGAAGUGAAAAUCAUGAAAGGACUGGACCAUCCAAAUAUUGUCAAACUCUUUGAAGUGAUCGAGACCGAAAAAACUCUUUACCUUGUCAUGGAAUAUGCCAGUGGAGGUGAAGUAUUCGAUUAUCUUGUCGCACAUGGUCGUAUGAAAGAAAAAGAAGCUCGAUCCAAAUUUCGACAAAUUGUAUCUGCUGUUCAAUAUUUGCAUCAAAAACAUAUUGUACAUCGAGAUUUAAAAGCGGAAAAUUUGUUGCUCGAUGCCGAACUCAAUAUCAAAAUAGCUGAUUUUGGUUUUAGCAAUGAAUUUACACCAGGAAAUAAACUAGAUACAUUCUGUGGCAGUCCACCUUAUGCCGCACCAGAAUUAUUUCAAGGAAAAAAAUACGAUGGGCCCGAAGUUGAUGUUUGGAGUUUAGGCGUUAUUCUUUAUACAUUAGUUAGUGGUUCACUACCAUUUGAUGGACAAAAUCUCAAAGAAUUACGUGAACGUGUUCUACGCGGGAAAUAUCGCAUACCGUUCUACAUGUCAACUGAUUGUGAAACGUUAUUAAAAAAGUUUCUGGUAUUAAAUCCAACUCGGCGUUCUCCUCUUGAGGCGAUUAUGAAAGAUAAGUGGAUGAAUAUCAAUUAUGAGAAUGAUGAUUUGAAGCCUUAUGAAGAGCCAAGUCAAGACUUUAGUGAUAACUAUCGAAUUGAAACGAUGUUGCGAGAUAGUUCUUACACUCGUGAACAAAUUCUUGAUUCCUUAACUUCACGUAAAUACGAUGAUAUCAUGGCAUUUUAUCUCCUACUUGGCCUUCGAACUACGGAAACUGACGGAGUAGAUAAUUCCAACGGACAAUCAUCAACUAGCAAAGGUGUUACAGAUGCCUCGAAUACGCAAUCAUCCUUAACAUCGAAAGUUGUUUCAGCAAGUACACGACCAUCUACUAAUAACGAUAAAGAAAAUCUUCCAUCGACCGAAAAACAAUACCGACCGUCGACAGCUGCAGCUACGAGCACAACAGCAGGAUCAAAUUCGAAUGACCAUUCAUCAAUCAAUGGUUCAACAACGAAUGGUGUUCCCAAUUCUUUACUUGCAGCAGCAAGUAUCGAUACUUCGACAUCGAAUAAUAACGGUCAGCUAUCAAUCAAAACAAGUACAAGUGGUAAUCCACCAGGAUCGAGCGUAAUUACAAAUCGGACGAAUACAAGCAGCGAUAAAUUUCGUGCUCAAACAGUUCGUCUGUCGAAUACAUCUUCUCGUCGAAGAGAAACGUUCGAUCCUAUUUCAAAUGAAAAUGAUUCGAAUAAAAAACUCGAUUUAAACCUCGAGAACAAAACAAAACCACCGAAUUCAACUCCAGGAGAUUCUUUUAAUCGUAGCGGAUUCGAACAAGGUCCAUCAUCGUCAUCAAUGUCAGCGUCACAAGCACCGCAUCAUUUGAUGCGUGGGCCAUUACGUGAAACGUAUAAUCCGAAGUGUGCAAGUAUUUCCGCGUCUAGUACAUCUUCAACACAGCCGUCGCAACUGCAAACGACCGAGAGCAACAAACAUAGAAAAAUAUCACCUACUAAUAACGUUAACUCCGGUGGAUCGUUUCGAGCUUAUUCGAGUCAACACCACCCAUAUAAUUUCAAUCCUCCGAAUGUGCAAGCUUCAACUACGACACCAACAACAUCCAAUGCACCACUCGUACCACCGGCUAGCUCACGUACCAGCAGUGGUAACACAAGUAAUCCAUUGAAUCGUGCUGCUCCAGAUCGUAAAACAAUUCAUAAUAUACCUUCACGGCAACAUCACCAAGGAACAAAUGCAUCAACGACAUCUGGUGGCAUUAGCGCAGAUUAUCGUGCAUCCACACGAAAUCCUAAUACUAAUACAAUGAAUCACGCCGAUAUGAACAAUCGUCAUCUACAUGGAGCAACAAUGUCAGGCGCAAAUAACGGUGCUCAAUCCUUUCUUAGCAAACUUUCAUCAAAAUUUGCGCGAAGAAAAUCAAUUCGAGAAUCUGCAACAUCAUCUGGAACGAGUGGAGGCGCCAUUGGAAAUAAUAUGACAGGCAGUGUUGCAAGCGCCUCAUCCUAUCGCCGUCCUCCAGAUUUGAACAAUACCAAUAUGACAACUAGUACAGCUGGUAAUACAACCAAUGAUAAUCUUGCUGUUGGCAAUAGUAGUCCCGAAGAUGUCAAACCACGUUCUCUUCGUUUCACAUGGUCAAUGAAGACAACCAGUUCAAUGGAUCCAUCUGAUAUGAUGAAAGAAAUUCGAAAGGUUCUGGAUAUCAACAAUUGUGAUUACGAACAACGCGAAAAAUUCCUUCUAUUAUGUGUUCAUGGCGAUCCAAAUACUGAUUCAGUCGUAUCAUGGGAAAUGGAAGUAUGCAAAUUGCCACGUCUCUCACUGAAUGGUGUUCGAUUCAAACGUAUAUCAGGCACAUCCAUUGGUUUCAAAAACAUCGCGAGUAAAAUCGCUAAUGAACUGAAAUUGUGA